CCUUUAUAAUACCAUUUUAUCUACCAAUGUUUUGAAUUGCAGUUUGGAACUGCAAUUAUGAUAACCAUAUUGGGGUUAAGGCAGUCAUCACAACUUGUGUUUGACAUGUGAAACAACUCCAUUGUGUCCUAAUUGUUGCAAAUUUGUUUUUGAAUUCAAAUAGUGAUUUAAAUAAACAUAGUGUUUUAAUGCGUACAUUCACAAAAUUGAAAAUGGCUUAUUCAUAUUGCAACUCUCUUUUUUUUCUUCUGUCUAUCUUCUUAGCCUCAAGCACAUUUGCAUUGGGUGGGAAUUUCUACGAAGAUUUUGACAAUCUCUUUGGAGAUGUAAGGGUUGACAUUCAAGAGUUAGGCCAAAGCAUGACCCUCACAAUGGACCAAUAUUCUGGCUCAGGCAUUGUAUCCAAGAAUGAGUAUUUGUUUGGAAGAUUUGAUAUGCAAAUCAAGCUUGUACCAGGAAAUUCUGCAGGAACUGUCACAGCCUUUUACCUUAGCUCUCAAGGAAAUAACCAUGAUGAGAUAGAUAUAGAGUUUUUGGGCAACUUAUCUGGUGAUCCUUAUUUGCUUUCAACAAAUGUAUAUGCUGAUGGUGUUGGGGGUCGUGAAAUGCAAUAUUAUCUUUGGUUUGAUCCAACAGAGGACUUCCACACUUAUUCCAUUGAUUGGAACCCUGAUCGCAUAAUAAUCCUGGUUGAUAACAUUCCUAUCAGAGUUAUGAAAAAUAGGAAAACCAUUGGUGUUCCUUUCCCAACAAAACAACCCAUGAGGCUUUACACUACUCUUUGGAAUGGAGAUUCUUGGGCAACAAGAUGGGGAGCAGUAAAGCUUGAUUUGUCAAAUGCUCCAUUUGUGGCAGGCUUCAAAAAUUUUAAUGCCAAUGCUUGCAUUGCAAAGAAUGGCGGUGCAAAUUGCAAGACUUUUAAUAAUGGAAAAUAUAGAGGUCUUGAUGAAGAAAGCAAGACAAAAAUGCAAAAUAUUCUCUCAAAAUGGGUAGUUUAUGAUUAUUGUCGUGAUUUAAGACGUUAUGCUCAUGGUCUCCCAUUUGAAUGUCGCAAGGAUAAUCUAUUAUUAGAUCAAUCAGAAUAAAGGUUGCAUUAAUCAUGAAUGUUGCACCAUCAUAAUGUAUUUAAUCCAUCAUAUAAUGUAUUCAAUUCAAAUGAAUGAUAUCUAAAGGAAAAGUUGGAUCGACCA